CAUAUAUUUUUCAUCCUUAAACCCUUCAGCUGCAGGAACAAAAACCUCUCUAAUCAGAUCAGUGCAUUUUUGAAGAGGCUACACAUGAUCAGUAAAGAUGGCCCUAUUUAGAAGAUUACAAGCAGUUCGCGCACUUAAUCAAACCAUUGGGAUUCGAGAAUCUUCUUCUUAUCUACUUGGGAGCUCAAGAAGCUACUCCAGUAGCUCCACUGAUAUUUCAAAUGGUAUUAAACUUAAUUCCCCAAGAUUUUCUUCUUGCUUAUAUAAUGGCCGCAAUGCUCUUCCUUGGACUCAUAGAAGUACAAUGACUCUUCGUUCUACAAUGGCCAUGGAGUUAUCAAUCUUCUUAAAUGACAAGAGGCCGGCAACAACAAAAGUGAAUGCCCCCCCACAAGCACGACAGAUGGGAGCUCUUAAAGUGUCCAUUUCAAGUCCUGGAUUCAUAUAUGAACCGUAUGCUCCUCGUGAUACAAUCUCAUUCUGGCGGAGAUGGUUCACAAAAAGCGGCUGGAGAAGAACAAAAAACGACAUCAUUUUAGAGCUCAAAAAUGCCUACGCUAUUGUUAAGUUAAGAAAAACUGGAUACUCAAAACAUAAGUUUUACGUAGAAGCCAUCAAAUUAUACAAAGAGAUAAACACUCUACUGGCAAAUGGUGACAAAACAGCACUAAGAAAAGCAGUUACAGAGAAAAUGUACUCCGAAUUCAAAAAUGAAAUUAAACAAAGACAGUCUGCAUGGAAUAUGAGCAAGCUUUAUUGGGAGAUGAUUGAACCAGCUGUUCUGAUACGAACUUUGCGAGCUCGACUGAUUGGUGUUGAUAAGAGCGAUCUCAAUAAAGUUUUCAUACAGCUAACACUUGAGAUCAAGACAAAGCAGAAGUUCGAGGCAUAUGAUUCUAAAGGAGCCAGAGUUGCUGGAGAUAAAAAUAAGGAGAUCCUUGUCCGCGAAAUCUGGGUAUUUGAGAAAUCCCUUUUUCACCCUGGAGCUUACUGGCGGCUUUGUGGACGAAUUAAAGCAUAAGCUGGCUUCUUGUGAUGAGCGAUCAAAGACCAAGUUCUGCCGAUGAAUAAUCUUUCUUCUUCAAUUUUGUAAACUGAAGACAACUGUAAUAGAUUUUGAGUAUCAUGGCAUACAUUUUUUUCUUUACGAGUUCAAUUUGUGUAUUGAAUUUCUACGAAAUAAUAAAUUGACUAGCAUCUUGCCAUUUUCCAUAAC